AUGGAAAAGUUUGGCAAUGUUGAUUCCUUGAUUUCUUCGCCAACUAAGGAUACAAAAGCAUAUAAAGACGAAUGUGUGUUUUCAUUCUCUGCUCCAGAUGACGAAAACGGACUUUUUAUAUGCUUGAGAAAUUUUAUUGGCAUAGGACAACAAUACCUAGGUGAAUAUGUUAAUAAAACAGGACAUACUUUAUUCCUUCAAUAUAAAAUUGUGAAAGUAAUUAAAGAAAAAGCUCCCUGUGAUCUUGAACCUCAACCCAAGAAACUUGCCAUUGGACUUCCUGGUGGUUUCGAAUUACCACACGACAAAUAUGAAGUCACUGAAAGAUGGAACUUAUUUCGUUAUCCAGACCUUCGUUCUCCCGACAUUCCAAAUCCUAAAGAACAUUCUGACAAAUCAGACACGUCUCAUCUUGCAAGCCUUGGUCUCUCUUCAAAACUGACUUUGUCUAUUAAUCACAUCCAACGAUGUGAUUCUGCAAUACUUAUAUCUGAAAGGGAGAGUGCUGCACAGGCCUGGGAGGCGGAAAAUCUUUGUCCAGUCUCUAAAUAUGCCGAAAAUCUCGCACAGUUGAACAAUGGUGUUAAAGUCCCACCUAGCGGUAACAAGUGUCACAAAUGCGACCUGGUAACAAAUUUGUGGAUGAACCUUUCGGAUGGAACAAUAUCAUGUGGUCGAAGAUUCUGGGAUGGAUCUGGUGGGAAUAACCACGCGAUUGAGCACUACGAACGCACCAAAUAUCCUCUUGCGGUUAAGCUUGGUACCAUCACUCCAACAAGUGCCGAAGUCUUCUCUUAUCCCGAAGAUGAUAUGGUCACCGAUCCUUUGCUGAGCCAACACCUCGCUCAUUUCGGAAUUGACAUGCAAACAGCACAGAAGAACGAUCAAACCGUCAUGGAGUUAGAGAUUGCUGCCAAUGAACGCUUGGGUGAAUGGCUUACCUUGCAGGAGUCUGAUAAGACCCUUCAACCCCUCUAUGGUCCAGGUCUAACAGGUCUCUGUAAUUUGGGCAAUUCCUGUUACAUUAAUGCCGCUAUGCAAGUUAUCUUUGCUACGGACUUCUUCCGGAAGAGAUAUACAUUGCAUUUGCCCAAGUUUGUUUCCUCCGCUAUUGAUGCGAUCGCCAAAAGCGGCAAUGCUGCGAAUGCUGUAGACUUCUUUGGCUUGCAGAUGAGUAAACUUGGCCAAGCACUGUGUUCGGGGGCCUACUCAUUCCCUAUAGUUGAUAUUUCUGAUCUCAAGAGUGGAGAAGUUGUACCUAAACAACCGGGCAUCCGACCUCGUAUGUUCCGUAACCUGAUUGGAAGCACUUGCUCCGAAUUCGCAACCAAGCAACAAAAAGAUGUGCAAGAAUUCCUUUCUCAUCUAUUUGACCUUAUCGAACGAGAAGUUAAGGAGAAUAAAGUCAAGCUGGAUGAACCUUCUCCUCUCUCAGCUCUGACAUUCAUGGUUGAGGAACGUCUGGAAUGCGGUUCAACUCACAAGGUGCAGUACAAAGACCACUCUGAGCAAAUUCUGCGCUUGCCCAUUCCAUUGGAAGCUGCUACAAAUGUUGAAGAGGUUGCUGCUUUUGAAAAUCGUAAACUUGAGGCAGAAAAGGCAGGUGUUCCUUUCAAAGAAGAUCCAAUCUAUCUCAAGAUCGGUAUUGAUGCCUGCAUUUCAAGUUGGGCAGCACAAAAUGUCGUGUCUGAUUUCAUUUCCCCUGCCACUGAACCCCCGGGGCAGCGAACAUUCGCCCUUCAAUCUUCACGUUUUUCAACAUUCCCCGAUCUGCUCUGCAUUCAAAUGCUCAAGUUUACUCUGGAUGAAAAGUGGCUUCCGCACAAAUUGCAUGUGGCCAUCCAACUUGAUCCCAAUUCAAGCGAGGAUGGUCGGCCCAGACCUGAAUGGAGAUUGGAUCUCUCUGCUCUUAAAGCCCCUGGGGGCCUUCAACCUGGAGAGGUUCUAAUGCCUAACAUUUCUUGUGCUGUUUGUCAAGCUAAAAUCGGUAAAGUUUUCCCUCGUUGCAAUGCUGGCUAUCGAUUAAUCUCUAAUUCUAUCGUUCUAUGUUUUGAAAUAGGUGAUGUUUCGGAAACAUCAGCUCAAACCCAAUCAGGUCCAGCAGUAGACGAAAGCGUUGUAGAACAGUUGCAAACCAUGGGCUUCUCCCGUAACGCCUGCAUUCGAGCCUGUAUGGCAAUGAAUUCAAAUGCCGAGGAAGCUUCUAACUGGUUGAUGGCACACAUAGAAGACUCCAAUUUGAAUGAUCCUAUUCAGAGCUUUGGCGCGCCAUCAAGUGUUGAUUGUUCGAGUGUUGACCCUAGCGCUCUUAACAUGCUUCUUGAAAUGGGAAUUGCUAAGGAAUUGGCGCAGAGGGCUCUAGAAGUGUGCAGUAAUAGGAUUGAGGAAGCAAUAAACAUGGCCUUUACGAAUCCGGAGGAGUUGCUCAACCCUGUGGAGACUCUAAAGCAACAAGAUGGUAGUUCGAGUGCCAGGGCCAUGGGCACAGAAACAAGCAAAGAGGGGCUUUCUGAUGGAGAUCCUAGCCGAUAUGAAUUGAUUGCUUUCAUUAGCCACAUGGGCCGAUCUACUGCUUCUGGACACUAUGUCUGUCACAUUAAGCGUUCAGCUUUGUGCAAGGGUAUCCCUGGUCUAGUUUCAGCCUGUGAAACCACUCCAUGUCGUCCAGACAACGAAGAUGAAUGGGUUAUUUUCAACGAUGAAAAAGUCUGUCGAACCCAGGAAAUGUCUGAGAAAUCGGAUGAUCUAUACCUCCCCUACGCGGUUAUUAUGCGGAUUGUUAAGGAAGCGUUUCCUGAAGAUUCAAACGUAAUUGUCUCCCGUGAAGCCCGUUCCGCGUUGAGUAAAGCAGCUAGCUCGUUUGUGCUCUGUGUCUCAACUAUGGCUUCUGCUCACUGUGAAGCAGGAAAACGUAAAACCCUCGCCGCUUCGGAUAUCAUAGGUGCUCUUAGGGAUAUGCAAUUUGGCCACUUUGAGUCACCACUCCUUCAAUUUAUUGAAAAUUACCGAGCACUAGUUGCAGCUAAAAAGAGCACAAAGAAGGUCUCCAUUAAUGUUGACGAAGGUGUUGAAAUUAUGCAGGUACAUGAAGAGGUGCUGUAA